AUGAAGCUUCCCAACCCUGUUUCCAUGGCCACAGCAGCUUGCAGUGCGUAUCAAGCACGUAUUUCGUCUCUUGCUGCCUCGAUUACUCCCAGAGUGUUGGUGUCAACCAGUGGAUCCGGCAACUAUGGAGAGUCUGGGAAAGCUGCCUUUUAUACGAUUGAUGAGCUUCCAAUGGCACUCAUAAAAGAAGAGAAGCCAUUCAAAGAAGGAGAACUCCAACGGAUCGAUAUCGACCUAGGACCCGAUCGACAAGCUUUUAUCAUUGACAAUGUCUUGACGCCAGAAGAAUCGGAUGCUCUGGCGGCGUGUGCCGAGGCAAUUCUGAAUGCGAAUGGACAUUCCAGAGUGGCCCCUGGCAUUCGAACUCCUCCUGGCAUGCGUAUCAAUGAAGCCGCUCAUUGGUAUCCGCCCCAUGGAUCGUCUUUUUUACCAACCAUUUAUCGUCGGAUCGAACAUUUAGUUCCAAAGUCUUUGGAUGGUGGACUCUCAUUGUACAACAAACUCUCGGAAAAGGUUGCACAUUUCAAGUACAACAAGGGGGAUCAAUUCAAUCGUCACAUUGAUGGUCUUUUUCCAGGGCAGGGUGCCAAUCCAAAAGGUGAUGGGGUGGACGAAUGGACUGGCGUUGUUUCAGGGUUUUCUCUUCUCUUUUAUCUGAACGAUGCGGACGACGGAUUGGAGGGUGGUGAAACUCGACUGUGGUCCAGAGAUGGUUCCAUAUAUAAAGAUGUUACACCUCGCAAGGGCAGAGUCCUAGCAUUUCGUCGUGGGAGUCACGAUGCCGUCCUCCAUGCUGGUUUGGAAGUGACAGGAGAGGUUCCAAAGUACAUGGCACUCGUCAAUCUUGCCUAUGGUCAACAUGCUGGUACACGACCUCUCAUGCAAUGA